UACAUCUCAUUGCUCGCUCUUUGUAACUCCACCCCUUUCAGAGAGAGUUAUUCAAUAGGCCUCAAUGAUGUAUGUCGAAAUUUAUUCACUUAAUUUAAGACUUUUGAAAGUAUUGUAUGCUUAAAUGAUUUCCAUUUUUCGUAGACAACCUGCUGCCUCCUUUGAAGAUCUUGUUUACAUAAAACCAUACUGCAGAAUAAUACCAUACCUUGCAGGAAUGCUGCUCGGAUAUUUGCUGUUCAGGAAAGUUCAAAUUAAAGGGCAAUUGAAGCCAUUGUUUGCUGUCAUUGGCUGGGCAGUCGCCAUUGGCGGUGGUAUGGCUGUUGUAUAUGGAACAUGGGACACCACAAAGAAAGGUGGAAAACCCUUCACAGAAGCAGAGAACAUUUUAUAUGGCUCACUUUCCAGGCUUACUUGGUCAGUUGCUCUUUCGUGGGUGAUUUUUGCUUGCCAUACGGGCGUUGGAGGCCUAGUAAACAGCAUUCUGUCAUGGCGUGCAUUCAUCCCCCUCAGUCGCUUGACUUUCGGAGCUUACCUUCUACAUCCAUUGGUCAUGAUUAUUUUCUAUCAAACCAAGCAGUCGCCAAGAGCUUACACAGAUAUGGAUAUGGCUUUUCAGUUUGUGGCAAUCACAGCAUUUUCAUAUGCAUCAGCUUUUAUCCUGGCACUUGGUGUUGAGUACCCAACGCUCAAUUUGGAAAAGAAAAUCUUUGGCCAAUAGAAAUCCAUACAUGCUUCAGGCCAGCUUGCUGUUCGCGCUAGAGUACCGACUUUAAAAUUGAUUCAAUCACCCAGUAUACCAUAACGAUUGGUUUUAAUUAGAUUUUUACCCAGUCGAUCUGCAGUAUGAUUUAACAGGUAUCUAAAACAAAUCUUCUUUUCUUAAUUCCUAUCUGUCUUUUAUGAAUUUUUAUAUUUACUUAGGUUGGAUGUUUUUAUCUUUUAAUGCAGACAAUGGUUGACUUUAUAACCAUCCCCAACUCCCCGCACCCUCCCCCGUAGUUCCCCCAAAGUGCAUCAUUAUCCUGACUAUUACAAAGUUUAAUUUUAAGAGAGUUCACGGGGCUCAUCACAAAGAUGAAUCGUGAAAGAAAUUAAAUAUAAAAACCCCUAAUUCGAUGGUGCAUGGAUGGUGUGUUCUUACGUCUUGUUAGUUCGAUGUAUUUGGUAGCCGCUUUUUUUGAAU